AUGCAUUGGCGUGUACUUGCAAUUUUUACGGCAAUCCUACUCACACUUACAGAAUACAUUGACUGCUUACCCGUUGCAAAGGCAAAGCAGCUAAUACCUUCACAUCCAGGCCUAAUUCCCGUGUACAUCCGCCCAGGCGAUAUACCUUUGGAAGACAUUAAUCCAGAGUUGGCAGCCGCUUUCGACAGUUACGCUACAAAACAUAACCGAAUUAUUUAUGGGAGAUCGAUAAAAGAAUUAUCCCAUGACGAUAAGGACAUAUCCUUGGUUAAUAUCGAUGACGAUGAUGAUUUAAGUUUGGAUAAUGAAGAUUCGACCACGGCAAAGACUGCUGUUGCAACUUCCAGUGAAAAAUCUCAACACAUCCAAAAAAUUCCUAGGCAUUAA